AACAGAUACAGAAGCUGAUAUUGAAGAAAUUAUUAAAAUUAAUACCAAAGAAAUAAUUGAAGUAAAUCAAGAAACUGGAAAAAGAAAUCAUAUUGAACAGAAUUUCAAAAAAAUUGUUAAAAAGGGCCUUAUAGAAUCAAAUCAUAAAGCAUAUUAA